CUUCUCUAAUCAUGGCAAAACCUUAUGAAUUUAACUGGCAGAAGCCAGUUCCUUCUUUUAUGCAGGAUGGAGCUGUGUUUGAUAGAUAUGAAGAGGAAUCUUUUGUCUUUGAAAGCAACUGUCUCUUCCAAGUGGAUGAAUUUGGCUUUUUUCUGAGCUGGAAAAGUGAAGGAAAGGAAGGACAGGUAUUAGAAUGCUCCCUGAUCAACAGUGUUCGUUUUGGAGCUGUUCCAAAGGAUCCCAAAAUCCUAACUGCACUUGAGGCUGUUGGAAAGUCAGAAAAUGAGCUGGAAGGACGGAUAGUGUGCGUUUGCAGUGGCAUAGAUCUGGUGAACAUCAGCUUCACUUUCCUGGUAGCAGAAAACACAGAAAUAGCCAAGCAAUGGGUAGAAGGGCUUGGAUCCAUCAUACAUAACUUUAGAGCUAACAAUGUCAGUCCAAUGACAUGUCUCAAGAAACACUGGAUGAAACUUGCAUUUCUGACAAACACAAAUGGGAAAAUUCCAGUUCGGAGCAUUACCAGAACCUUUGCAUCAGGUAAAACAGAAAAAGUGAUCUUUCAGGCACUUAAGGAAUUAGGUCUUCCCAGCGGAAAGAAUGAUGAAAUUGAGCCUGCAGCAUUUACUUAUGAGAAGUUUUAUGAGCUCACCCAAAAGAUAUGUCCCCGAACUGACAUAGAGGACCUCUUUAAGAAGAUCAAUGGAGACAAAACUGAUUAUUUAACGGUAGACCAAUUAGUGAGCUUUCUAAAUGAACAUCAACGAGAUCCUCGGCUCAAUGAAAUUUUAUUUCCCUUUUAUGACACAAAAAGAGCAAUGCAGAUAAUUGAGACAUAUGAGCCAGAUGAAGACCUGAAGAGCAAAGGUGUCAUAUCAAGUGAUGGGUUUUGCAGAUACUUGAUGUCAGAUGAAAAUGCCCCUGUUUUCCUAGAUCGUUUGGAAUUAUAUCAAGAAAUGGACCAUCCUUUGGCUCAUUAUUUCAUCAGUUCCUCUCACAAUACGUAUUUAACAGGCAGGCAGUUUGGUGGCAAGUCUUCGGUGGAGAUGUACAGACAAGUGCUUUUGGCUGGAUGCAGAUGUGUAGAGCUUGACUGUUGGGAUGGCAAAGGUGAAGACCAAGAGCCAAUAAUAACACAUGGAAAAGCAAUGUGUACAGAUAUUCUUUUCAAGGAUGUAAUUCAAGCCAUUAAGGAAACAGCAUUUGUUACAUCAGAAUAUCCUGUCAUUCUCUCCUUUGAAAAUCAUUGCAGCAAAUAUCAACAGUACAAAAUGUCAAAAUACUGUGAAGAUCUUUUUGGAGAUCUCCUGUUGAAGCAGCCUCUAGAAACACAUCCACUUGAUCCAGGAAAAGCCUUACCUUCUCCUAAUGACCUCAAAAGAAAGAUUCUCAUAAAGAAUAAAAGACUGAAACCUGAAGUAGAAAAAAAACAGCUUGAUGCUCUGAAAAAGAUGAUGGAGGCUGGAGAAACUGCUGCUCCUGUAAAUAUCCUAGAGGAUGAUAAUGAAGAAGAAAUAGAGAGUGCUGACCAAGAAGAGGAAGCUCAUCCAGAGUACAAAUUUGGAAGUGACCUUACUGUAGAUGAUUACAGUCAAAAAGAAGCUGUUGCCAUCAGUGUCAAAAAGGGUUUAGUAACUGUUGAAGAUGAACAAGCGUGGAUGGCAUCUUACAAAUAUGUAGGUGCCACAACCAAUAUACAUCCAUAUUUAUCAACAAUGGUCAACUAUGCUCAACCUGUAAAAUUUCAAGGUUUCGAUGUAGCAGAAGAACGCAAUAUUCAUCAUAAUAUGUCCUCUUUCAACGAAUCAGUCGGCCUAGGGUAUUUGAAGACCCAUGCCAUUGAGUUUGUGAAUUAUAAUAAACGACAAAUGAGUCGGAUAUACCCAAAGGGAGGCCGAGUGGAUUCCAGUAAUUACAUGCCUCAAAUUUUCUGGAACGCUGGCUGCCAGAUGGUCUCCCUGAACUAUCAGACCCCAGAUUUAGCAAUGCAGUUGAAUCAAGGAAAAUUUGAAUAUAAUGGAUCAUGCGGGUAUCUCCUUAAACCAGAUUUCAUGCGACGACCAGAUCGAACGUUUGACCCUUUCUCUGAAACUCCUGUAGAUGGUGUAAUUGCUGCAACAUGCUCAGUCCAGGUGAUAUCUGGUCAGUUCUUGUCAGACAAGAAGAUUGGCACCUAUGUGGAGGUGGAUAUGUACGGGCUGCCCACGGACACCAUACGGAAAGAGUUCCGGACCCGCAUGGUGAUGAACAACGGGCUGAACCCUGUUUACAAUGAGGAAUCAUUUGUGUUUCGGAAGGUUAUUCUCCCUGAUCUGGCUGUGCUGAGAAUAGCAGUGUAUGAUGACAACAAUAAGUUGAUUGGUCAGAGGAUCCUGCCUUUGGAUGGUCUGCAAGCAGGUUACAGACACAUUUCCCUUCGGAAUGAGGGCAACAAACCACUCUCUCUGCCAACAGUUUUCUGCAACAUUGUGCUUAAAACAUAUGUGCCUGAUGGAUUUGGAGAUAUUGUUGAUGCUUUAUCAGAUCCAAAGAAAUUUUUGUCUAUCACAGAAAAAAGAGCAGACCAAAUGAGAGCUAUGGGUAUUGAAACUAGUGAUAUAGCCGACGUACCAAAUGACACUUCAAAGAAUGACAGGAAAGGAAAAGCCAAUAAUGCCAAAGCCACUGUAACACCUCAGAGUAGCUCUGAGCUUCGACCAAGUACCACUGCAGGAUCUGGGACUGAAACCAAGAAAGGUAUAGACCUUAUUCCUCAAGUGAAGAUAGAAGAUUUAAAGCAAAUGAAGGCUUAUAUAAAGCAUUUAAAGAAGCAGCAGAAAGAACUGAAUGCCUUAAAGAAGAAACAUGCAAAGGAGCACACAGCUAUGCAGAAGUUGCACUGCACACAAAUUGACAAAGUAGUGGCACAAUAUGAUAAAGAAAAGGUAUCGUAUGAGAAAAUGUUAGAGAAGGCAAUCAAGAAGAAAGGAGGAAGUAAUUGUCUUGAAUUGAAGAAAGAAACGGAAAUUAAAAUUCAGACACUAACAUCAGAUCACAAAUCAAAGGUCAAAGAGAUUGUGGCCCAGCACACUAAAGAGUGGUCCGAGAUGAUCAAUACGCACAGUGCCGAGGAGCAAGAAAUCCGCGAUUUACACCUGAACCAACAGUGUGAACUGCUGAAGAAACUCCUGAUCAAUGCCCACGAACAACAAACCCAGCAGCUAAAAUUUUCACAUGACAGGGAAAGCAAAGAAAUGCGAGCCAACCAGGCAAAAAUAUCUAUGGAGAACAGCAAAGCCAUAAGCCAAGACAAAUCUAUCAAAAAUAAAGCUGAGAGAGAGAGGCGAGUCAGAGAACUGAACAGCAGCAACACAAAAAAGUUCCUGGAAGAGAGAAAAAGGCUGGCAAUGAAGCAGUCAAAAGAAAUGGAUCAGUUGAAAAAAGUCCAACUUGAGCAUUUAGAAGUCUUGGAGAAGCAGAAUGAGCAGCUUUUGAAAUCCUGUCAUGCAGUGUCUCAAACACAAGGCAAAGGAGAUGCAGCAGAUGGUGAAGCUGGAAGCAGAGAUGGAUCGCAGGCCAGCAACAGUGGUCUAAAGCCUCAACAAGCAAAUUGA